AUGAAACGCAGAGACUGGGGACAAAACCUAAACACCGGGAAGCGGUUAAAACGUAUUCCUCUAAGGCUAAACGCCAAGAUGUAUUUAAAGCUUCAACAUUAUAUUAAGAACGUUAAAUUCAGAAAUAAAAAUGGCCAGGAACUGUAUUUUGAUGAAAACGGUGAUUCACCAGCAUUAUAUGAAAUUACCAAUCGGCAACUAAUUUCAGAUUCCUUAAGGUAUGUCAAAGUUGGCAUGUAUCAACAACAACAAAGUGGCAAUAGUGUAUUCAACAUAAAUGAAAGUGCGAUCAUGUGGAAUGGAGGAUACCUACAGACUCCCCGAUCUGAUUGUAGCAACAGCUGCCAACCAGGCAACCGCAAAGCUCCAAUUCAAGGAAUGGCUAUCUGCUGUUAUGAUUGUGUGCCUUGUUCUGAUGGGGAAAUUACCAACCAAACUGAUGCCACUGACUGCAUAAAGUGUCCAGAAGACUCUUGGUCAAAUGAAAAAAGGUUACUCUGUAUCCUAAAGCAGGUAGAAUACCUGUCCUUUGAGGAAUCCCUAGGGGCAAUCUUGAGUGCUGUAUCCAUUUUAUUUUCCUUCAUUCCUUCAGUCAUAUUGUGGAUAUUUAUUAAAUAUCGAGACACUCCAGUAGUGAAAGCAAACAACCGUAAUCUUAGCUACUUCCUGCUUGUUGGUCUAAUUCUGUGUUUCCUUUCUUCCUUAAUAUUUGUUGGAAAACCAAACAACACAAGCUGCUUAUUACGACAACCUGCAUUUGGUAUAACAUUUUCUGUUUGCAUCUCUUCUAUUCUAGCAAAAACAAUUAUUGUGUUUAUUGCAUUCAGUGUAAGAAGGCCAGGAGGGUACCAGCAAAAGUGGCUUGGAACCAAGACACCAGGUUUUAUUGGGCUUUGUUCUACCGCUCUACAGGUCAUGAUAUGUACUGUUUGGCUUGCACUUUUUUCACCUUUCCAAGAAAAAAACAUGAAUCUAUACAAGGAUAAAAUAAUAAUUGAAUGCAAUGAAGGGUCAGUCAUGAUGUUUUAUUGUAUGCUGGCAUAUCUUGGGAUUUUGGCAAGCAUAUGCUUCAUUGUUGCUUUCUUGGUACGUAAAUUACCAGACAGAUAUAAUGAGGCAAAAUUUAUCACAUUCAGCAUGUUAAUAUUUGUUAGUGUUUGGCUGACUUUUAUACCAGCAUACCUAAGUACAAAAGGAAAAUAUCUGGUUGCUGUGGAGAUAUUUGCCAUCUUGUCCUCAGGAUUUGGACUUUUGAGUUGUAUUUUCUUGCCAAAGUGUUAUAUUAUCAUAUAUGAAGACAAUAUCCCUAAUACUGCUGUCAAAGAAUUUUACAGCAUUAGUUGUGCAAAGCAUGGAGCAAAUAUUAGGAGUUUAACUCUUGUUCCACUUGUCUUUUGGACAGUAUUUCAGCCAGAACUUGACAUAGCAAAGAUGCACAUCUGCAAGUUCAUUAAGGUGCAUGCAUGUUACACCAGAUAA